GCCCGGAGCCGCCCGGCCGGGCGGGGCGGGCCGUGAGGAGGGCGCGCAGCGAUGGCGGCGGCCGAGGUGGCGCGGCAGGGUGAAGGCUGUCGUACUGUCCCCCUUUCUGGACACGUGGGAUUUGACAGUUUGCCUGACCAGCUGGUUAAUAAGUCAGUUAAUCAUGGGUUUUGUUUCAACAUCCUGUGUGUGGGGGAAACUGGCCUUGGUAAGUCCACCCUCAUGGACACCCUGUUCAACACCAAGUUUGAAGGUGACCCAGCAUCUCACUCGCAGCCUGGGGUCCAGCUCAAGUCUAGUACCUACGACCUGCAGGAGAGCAACGUCAACCUCAAACUGACCAUCGUGAGCACAGUGGGCUUUGGGGAUCAGAUCAACAAAGAGGACAGCUAUAAGCCCAUCGUUGAGUUCAUCGAUGCUCAGUUUGAAGCCUACUUGCAAGAAGAACUGAAGAUAAAGAGGGUCUUGCACAACUACCAUGACACCCGGAUCCAUGCUUGCUUGUACUUCAUUGCUCCCACGGGCCACUCACUGAAAUCCUUGGACUUGGUGACAAUGAAGAAGCUUGACAGCAAGGUCAACAUCAUUCCUAUCAUUGCCAAAUCGGAUGCCAUUUCCAAGAGCGAGCUGACCAAAUUUAAAAUUAAAAUCACAAGUGAGCUGGUCAGUAACGGGGUUCAGAUCUACCAGUUCCCAACAGACGAUGAGUCGGUGGCAGAGAUAAACGGGACAAUGAAUGCCCACUUGCCAUUUGCAGUGAUCGGGAGCACAGAGGAACUCAAAAUAGGAAACAAAAUGAUGAAAGCUCGUCAGUACCCCUGGGGCACAGUGCAGGUGGAGAAUGAAGCUCACUGCGACUUUGUGAAGCUGCGAGAGAUGCUGAUCCGUGUGAACAUGGAAGACCUGCGUGAACAGACCCACACACGCCACUACGAGCUGUACCGGCGGUGUAAGCUGGAGGAGAUGGGUUUCAAGGACACCGAUCCAGACAGCAAACCCUUCAGCUUACAAGAAACUUACGAGGCCAAAAGAAAUGAGUUUCUGGGGGAACUGCAGAAAAAGGAAGAGGCAAUGAGGCAAAUGUUUGUCCAGAGGGUCAAGGAAAAAGAAGCGGAGCUGAAGGAGGCUGAAAAAGAGCUGCAUGAAAAGUUUGAUCGUCUGAAGAAGUUACAUCAGGAUGAAAAAAAGAAGCUAGAGGAUAAGAAGAAAUCUUUGGAUGAUGAAGUAAAUGCAUUUAAACAAAGGAAGACAGCAGCUGAAUUGCUCCAAUCUCAGGCUCAGCAGGCUGGAGGAUCGCAAACUCUUAAAAGAGAUAAGGAAAGAAAAAAUUCUUACAUGUAUGCUGUUUUACAGUUAACUGCUCUUGGCUGCAUGGUGCAUGAGGCACAUUGUCCUGUUCGGGUUUCCUGUAGAACCUUUCCCUUCACACCAGAAGCGAAUGCCCCCACAUUCGGUUAACAUGCAGCUAUGCCAUUGUGCCUGUUUGCUCACCUUUACUCAUUGCUCCCUUACUGUGCUCACCAUUUUGUUUUAAGCGACAGUCCGCACCCUUCGCUGUUCUGGGUUAUGGUUGUUUUUUGUGAAAAACUCAGCAACAGCCUACGUGGAACUGGCAAGAGAUGCUCGGGGCUGAUACCUCUCCCCUUUUGGUCAAUAGCAGGCUGCCAAGCGCUUGUAGGACUAGCGUCCCCACUGCUCAGUUGUUCAGCUUUUUGCCUGUCCCCUCCACUUUGUGCUGCAUGGUGACAGCGCGGCUGCUUGGCGGCGUGCAUUUUGUGCCUGUCGUGGGACUGCUGUGAAUGCAACCCAGCGCUGCAGCGUGGUGGUCUCAAGAGACUGGCUGCCCCCUCCCCUUUUUAAUUUGUUGUGUCUAACCCAUCAUUACCCCACUGUGCUGUUAUGCGCGACUCAAAUCAUUUUAAAGGACUUUUUGCAAGACUUGACAUCCUCACAGGCGUGAGGGCUUGAAUCCAAACCUCGAAUCCCCAAGCUUGGGGGAUUUUCAAACUUGGAUCCAUGGUUUGCAACUAAGUGUUCUCUGAAUGCUGCAGGGGUCACGAAGGAUCUCUUGCCUUGUCGCCCUCUCAGUGUGCUGGGCUGGAUGCACUUCCUGGAUCCAAUCUCAGGGAAAGCUGGUCACCUUGCUGUACAUAUCAGUGUUUGUGAAGAAAGACGAUGAUGUUUCUUUGACUUUCUUCUCAGUGAUUCCAACAAUUUCUGAUUUUAAUGCAAAAAAUGUUACCUUUAUAUUUUUUUUUAUUUGACAUCUGUUCAGAAGUGUACAGAUGUUGGCAGGUUGCCUCAUAUAUUUUUUUUUAUUCAGCAAAAGCCUUGUUUUAAUGCAAGAUGUGCACUAAAAAGGGAGGUGUUUUGCUCACUGGGGCCAGGAGUUCACUGAGUGGCCAAGUGCCAACUGUGGUUUGCCUGCAGGUAACUUCUGUGUGUAUUUCUGGAUGAUUUUGUGAUUUUUUGUUUUUAUUUUUUAUGCCUUUUUUUUUUUUUAAAUAAAAUCUUCAUCAGACAGUGAAUUCUGGUUAACAUUUACUUCUUUUGUUUUUUUUGUUUUCUUUGCCCUUCUUUUACAGUAACCCAUGGCUCUGUACUGAGUAAUUAUCCCUGAAUACAAUGGGCUGGAGUGGACCUUCAUUUACUUGUUAAAUCACAGGGUCUAAUAAAACGUGACAGCAUUUCAGCUGUGACCUUUCCAUGGUGUUACUCUUGCUCUCUCCUAUAUCCUCAUUGUGAACCUGACUUUACUAUGUACUGGUGGUUAUUGCUUUUAUUAAACAAUGUAAAAUGAGUCCU